AUGUCGUAUCCAGAGGCAUCUCCUUCAACUCCACAGCUAUUUUCAACGUUAAAGAAAGACAACUAUUUCGAUCUGGAUGAUAUUAUCGUCUGCCAAGAGAAAGUAACUUGUACUUUUCAAUCCACUGUACAUCGAUUAGGAUAUAUUGAUCCUGGAUCGAAUAAGGAGGAUAUCCAAGAGGACGCCAAAAUGGAAUUACCCUAUUGGUUAGCCAAGGCGUUAUGCACUAGAAAACGUAAAAUAGUGUCCAUCGAGUAUCCUAAUGUAUAUCGAAGUUCUUAUUUGCAAAUUUUGGCUGCUGAUGCAAAUGUCGUCGAUCUGCAUAAAUGGGGGCCUUCCUAUUAUCGAUUAGGAGAAAAAUUAUUCAAUUUUGAGCAUGAUGAAUCUCGUCCACUUGCUGAAGGCCUAUUACAGGCAUUUAUUUCUCGAUUUCGUAAAGUAAUGGAUUCUUCACAGAAUGCUCAAUACCAAGAUACAUAUCAACUCACCGAGAAACUGGAUGAAAUUGAGCGGAAAAUAUUUAAAUCAACAAGACAAAAUGUUGAGGACUUUGAGCGUUGGCAGGUUGGAAAAUCGAAUCAAUUAUCGACUUCUGAAGCAAUUUUAAGCCAUCGUAAGAGGAAACAUACUGACGAUAACGUAUCAUGA